UUGCGUUUUUGUCUAUUUGAUUUACGCGAUUUACGUUUCUGCGGGACAGUGAUAAGCGAGAAACAUGGCGGUGUUCUUGCGGAGAUCGGCUCUGUACCGAGCUUUCAACCUGAACAAGUCCUUGCGGUUAAGUUGCGUUAACAUAUCAACGACCAAGAAGAACAAGGAGGUUCCUUCGACGACUAUCUCCGAUACCGGAGUAUCGAAGCCGCCCGUCACCGCCGCGGAUUUUGCCGACACGAAGCCGCGGUACUGGAUGUCCUAUGGCUACUCGGAAACCGAUUACACCAUGGACAGGGAUUACCACCACUUGGUCAUGUUUUUCGGGGUCACAUUUAUGUUGGGCCUUGGCUUCAUCAUGAUGUACAUCCCGGACUUUCGGGACCUGGACUGGACGGAGAGGGAGGCCUACUUGCGGUUGGAGAGGCGAGAGAAGUUGGGCCUCCCCAAGAUUGACCGAAACCUUGUCGAUCCCAGCAGACUCACCCUGCCCUCCGAGGAGGAGUUGGAGGGAGUGGAGAUCAUCUUGUAGACUAGUUUCUUGUCCCCCGUUUUCUUCCACAGUGACCCCACAAUAAAUAUAACAAGAGUCGGA